UUUUAAAAGACUAUUUCUGAGAAAUAAUGGAAACAGAAUUUGUAGAGGGAUAUCAAGAUGGGCAACCAGCCUCGGAGGGGUUAGGGCCUCAAGAGGAUAGGAAAGAAAACCUAACAGCCGCACCAGCAUCCCACCUUGAAGAACAGAAGGAAAGCGUAGGUAGUUCCCCAGCCGAAGACGCAAAGUUCGAUCGAGCCAAAGGCUCAGUGAUCGGAGCUCUGUGCGGAGAUGCUAUUGGAGCGGUGCUCGAGUUUUGUACAGGAGAGAUUACUGAAGAAAGGGCCGAGGAAGCAUUAGAGAUGCGAGGAGGAGGAGUUUUUAGAGUCGGUCCAGGACAAAUUACUGAUGAUGGUGAGCUUACAAUGUCUCUGCUGCAUGCGUUAGUGGAAGGGAAAGGGAAGUUUGAUGAGGAUGAGGUGGCUAGAUAUUAUGGAAAGUGGAAGAACUCAAGGCCUUUUGAUUGUGGGAUUACUAUUGGGAAUGCUCUCUCUGUUGCUGAUCCUAAAGCUCCAGACCCAUUAGAUAUAAAGGAGGAAGCAAGAGGAUACAAUCAAAAAUCUCAAAGCAACGGAUCACUCAUGAGAUCUACUCCUCUCGCUGUAUUCUGUCACAACAUGAAGAUUCCUAACACCAAAGAUUCAGUUACUCCAUCUUUUAAUUCAGAAGAUUGGCAAGGACACAGAGACUGUGUGUUCGAAGCAGUAAAGCUCGACACAACUUUCACUCAUCCGAAUGAAACAGUGCACUAUGUUGGAGGAUUAUACAUCUAUAUGAUAACCUUGAUCAUCAACGGGGUCCCAUUGGGCGAAGUCUAUCAGACAAUUAUCGAUGACAUCGAAAAAUCAGCUGACGAAAAAUACAAAGACAUUAUCAGUGGAUGGGUCAGAGAAUCUGAAGUCGAUGAAGUUGGUAGUUUGGAUAAGCAAAUGGGCUGGAUGAAGCAUGCCUUUGUCUGCUGCCUCAGGUGUCUCAGACUUGCAGCACAGAAGCAAGAAAGCAACGAGGAACUUAACUCUAGAUUCUACGAAGAAGCAAUGGUAGGGAUCUUGAUGGGAAAAGGCGACACUGACACAAACGCUUGUAUUGCAGGUGGUGUCAUCGGAGCUAUUUUAGGGUUUGAUAAACUCCCAGAAGUUCCGAAGGACAAGGUACUGAACUGGGACAACAACAAAGAUGAAGGUCAUGAAAGAGAUGAAUUUCUAGUCCCAAAAGAUCAAGUUCUAGAUUUGAUCGAGAAAUUGUAUAGUUAUGGUCCCAAAGAUCUUGAAGUUGUUUAA